GGGCUGGGCCAAACCAAACUACUGACUGGGAUUCCAUGGGGGACUGGUAGGUCAAAGGUCUUGGGGAACAGAAGUGGUGGGGCCAGAUCCUGGGGGCUCUGGCCAUGAAGUCUCGGCAGAAAGUAAAGAAGAAGGGCUGCUCCAAGGAACGAGUGUUUGGGUGCGACUUACAGGAGCACCUACAGCACUCGGGACAAGACGUGCCCCAGGUGCUAAGGAGCUGUGCAGAGUUCGUGCAAGAGUAUGGAGUGGUGGAUGGGAUCUACCGCCUCUCAGGGGUCUCCUCUAACAUCCAGAAGCUCCGGCAGGAGUUCGAGGCCGAGCGGAAGCCAGACCUUCGGCGGGAUGUAUACCUCCAGGACAUUCACUGCGUCUCCUCCUUGUGCAAGGCCUAUUUCAGAGAGCUGCCAGAUCCCCUCCUCACUUACCGGCUCUAUGACAAAUUUGCCGAGGCAGUGGCGGUGCAGCUAGAGCCAGAACGCUUGAUCAAGAUCCUUGAUGUGCUCCAGGAACUCCCUGCCCCAAACUACAGGACGCUGGAGUUCCUUAUGAGGCACUUGGUCCACAUGGCCUCAUUUAGUGCCCAAACCAACAUGCAUGCCCGAAAUCUGGCGAUUGUGUGGGCCCCCAACCUGCUCAGGUGGGUAUGUAAGCAGUGUGGAGCUGCUCGGAGACUUGCUGGUGCAGAUGUGGAGAGCGGAUGGCCGCCAGGGGCCCGGGCAUCAGGCAGCUCUGAGGACUUCAUGCCCAGGCCUCCUCCCUACCACUUGCCUAGCAUCUUGCAGGCUGGCGAUGGACCACCGCAGAUCCGGCCCUACCAUACCAUCAUUGAGAUUGCAGAACACAAGAGAAAGGGAUCUUUGAAGGUCAGGAAAUGGCGAUCUAUCUUCAAUUUGGGUCGCUCUGGCAAUGAGACAAAACGUAAACUUCCACUGCGGGCUGAGGACAGGGAAGAAAAAGCCAACAAGGGGACACUGCGGCCCGCUAAGAGCAUGGACUCACUGAGUGCUGCAGCUGGCGCCAUUGAUGAGCCAGAGGGACUGGUGGCGCCCAGCAGUCCUCAGUCAAGCUCACUGAUAUCUGAGAGCUUGGAGAACAAUUCUAUGGAUGCAGCAGAGGGUGAACAGGAACCUGAGGCCGAGGCACAGGGCAGUGCGAAUUCUGAGCCGGGAACUCCACGAGCUGGGCGGUCAGCUAUUCGGGCCUCGGGGAGCAGUCGUGCGGAGCGUUGUGCCGGUGUUCACAUCUCAGACCCUUACAACGUCAACCUCCCGCUACACAUAACCUCCAUCCUCAGUGUACCUCCAAACAUCAUUUCUAACGUCUCCUUGGUCAGGCUUACCCGUGGCCUUGAGUGUCCCGCCCUACAGCCCAGGCCAAAUCCCUCCUCAGGUCCCGGCCCCGGCCCUGGCCCCGGCCCCGGUCCUGGCCCCGGCCCCCCAGAUGAGAAGUCGGAGACAAGAUCAGCCCCAGGUCCCCUGGCUGACUCAAACCCAGCAGACAUGACUCCUGCCCUGGAGGACUCCUUGUCCCAGGAGGUGCAGGAUUCCUUCUCCUUCCUAGAGGACUUGAGCAGCUCAGAGCCUGAGUGGGUGGGGGUGGAGGAUAAGGAGGUGGCCAAGGCAGAAGCCGCAGGAGCAGCAGGAGCAGCAGGAGCAGCAGGAGCAGCAGGAGCAGCAGGAGCAGCACCUUUCUCCCUUGGGGAGGAUGACCCUGGGAUGGGCUACCUGGAGGAGCUCCUGGGAGUUGGGCCUCAGGUGGAAGAGUUUUCUGUAGAGCCACCCCUGGAUGAUCUGUCUCUGGACGAUGCACAGUAUGUCCUGGCUCCUAGCUGCUGCUCCCUCGAUUCUGCUGGUCCCACACCUGAUGUGGAAGAAGAAAAUGGGGAAGAAGUCUUCUUGAGUGCCUAUGAUGAUUUGAGCCCCCUUCUGAGCCCUAGAUCCACGAACUGGGAGGGUGUAGGGAGUCUGGAGGAAGAAGCAGCAAGAUGUGGGAAACAACCUCCGACACAGGCUGAAGAGAAACAGACGUGCCGGGAAGCUGAAGAGGACAAGGAAGCUGGGCCCGGAAGCACAUCGGCUAACAGGGAAGAUGCUGAGGCAACUCCAGAGGCCGAGAUGGAAGCUGAUGAGGAAGGAGAGGAAGGGGAAAGAAGCCAAAAGGUGAUGGGUAGUUUUGAAAAGGGGAAUACUGAAGAGAUAGAGACCAUGGAAGGAAAUUCCAAAGGUCAAGAGGUUGAAAGUAUAGAGACCAAAGAUACGGAGAAAACAAGAGAAGAGGAUAAAGACAAACAGGAAAGAGAGAGUGGGAGAAAAGAAGGAGCCGAGAAAGGAGAGGACACCCCUGUAGAAACUGGAAUGGAUCCAGAGCAUCUGGUCCAGGAAUACCUGCUUCCUGGAGAGAGCUGGGAAGUGGUACACAACCAAGAGACUGAGAAAGGCAACAAGGAUGAGAUCAAAGGACUGAGUGGGAAUACUGACCACCAGUCAAGAGAAGACCAAGGACAUAGUGCAGAUAGUAGAAGUCCAGUAGAAAAUAAUGAUAAUGGGGAGGAAGGGGAGGUCAACAAGGAAGAAAAAAGUAUAGAUAUAGAAACUGAAGGCAAGAGAGCUGUUGGUGACCACUUAGAAGAGGGGGCCCUCUCUGAAGAGCCAGGUGCAGAGUUCCUGGAGGUUGACAGUACAGAAGAAGUCAAUGAACAGUCUUCUGAGAUGGAACAAGGUCCUCCACAGCCAUCUGAACCAGAGGGGAUGGAGGCUGAGGGACAGCUCAGUUCUGAGGCAUGUGACUUGUACUCUUGUCCCUGUGGUUCAACUGGUGGUGUGGGUAUGCGUCUGGCUUCUACCCUAGUUCAGGUCCAACAGGUCCGCUCUGUUCCUGUAGUUCCCCCCAAACCACAGUUUGCCAAGAUGCCCAGUGCAAUGUGUAGUAAGAUCCAUGUAGCACCUGCAAACCCAUGCCCAAGACCUGGUAGGCUUGAUGGGACUCCUGGAGAAAGAGCUUGGGGGUCUCGUGCUUCUUGGAGGAAUGGGGGUAGUCUUUCCUUUGAUGCUGCUGUGGCCCUGGCCCGGGAACGCCAGAGAACUGAGGCACAGGGAAUUCGGCGGACCCAGACUUGUACUGGGGGUGGGGAUUAUAGCCUCAACUCCAGAACCUCUCCCUGUAGCAUGAUUCCUGCCCAUUCUUCCCGGCCCCUUAGCUGUCUGGAACUCCCACCUGAAGGCACAGAAGGGUCUGAGCCCAGGAGUCGGCUUAGUCUGCCCCCUAGAGAGCUUCACCCCCCUGUCCCUCUUAUGUCCCCUCAGCGUCAGACAUAUGCCUUUGAAACACAGACUAACUGUGGGAAAGAAGGGCUGUGAGUAGGAUGGGACAAGAGGAAUCAGAAAUUUAUCACCAAUCUCUGGAACCCUCACCUAGCUGUUGUUGCACACUUGGCAGCUGAAGUGUCCAAUUCCGUAGGCUUGGGUCCUCCAGCUACUUGUUUUGACCACGGGAGGCACUGCCUUGGUGGGUUUACUUGAGUUUGUGUUAGACACAAAGCACUUAUCUCAUAGCAGAGGCUUAAGAAAUAUAAGAAGAUUUUAUUCCCAUGAAGUUGUGAUUAUUAAUCAAAACAUAGGGUAGGUAGAAACUUAUUAUUUUUCUUAAAUUUAAAUACAUGGGGGGGGAAUUCCAGUCAAACUCCUGCCCUCUUCCGAGGCUGUGAACAUCUCUUCAUAGAAGCCCAAGGCAGAUGUAAAAAAAUACAGGGCCAGAUACAGAAUUGCUCACUCUGUUUUAUUCCCAGAUCCUUAGCUAUCUCCUGACCCUUUUAGCUCCAGAAUUAGGGGAAACACAUCCAAGAAGCUCUUUAAAGUCCUCAGUGUUCACUGAAGGAAAUGAAUGGCAUCUUCUGCCUUCAAUUAUUUGCAGAGGAAGUCCUGUACAGAUCUCUCUGGUCUUUCUUUUUCCCAUUACAAUAACCUCCUAUUUCAGGAAAGGGAUGUCUGGUCAUCACUCUGGCCCUGGCACUGUUUCUCUGCACAGGCGGGAGCUAGAGGCCUCAUUUAGCCAUGAUGGCUGUUUGAUAAUAAAAUUGAAUUUUUUAUACUUAAAUAGUGUAUGGACUUACUCUUAUUAAAGUCUUG